UUUUUUUUUUACACUUUACCACUCACUUGUCUUUAUCUAUUGUACAUGUAGGCAUUCUAAUAGAGGACACUUGUCAAUUGUGUUUACAUUUAUGUUAAAAACAUUUUAAUCAAUAUUGUAUUGAUAACUUACAGCUGGUAUUCAAAAAUAUGUAAUCCAAGCCUUUAAACCUGAGUCUUAUGGGGGUGAGGGGGAGAAAUCUUGGGACUAUUCUGUUUUCCACCCCUUUUUGGUCCAAAAGCCAUGGGGUGGCGUGUAGGUUUUUAAAAGAGUUCAGCAGGCUCUCAAAAUGGCUUCUCGUCACACACACAAAGGACAGAGCUUCAAAUAAGUGUUGCUGCGCCAUAACAAACUGGGUGAGGUCUCUCUCUCUCUCUCUCUCUCUUUCGCUCAUUCGAGACCACUUCGGCGACAACGAGGGGGAGGGGGAUAUUCUCGACGUUUCCACAGUCAAUGCGAGGCGUUUUUACACCCUGUCGAGAGAGGUGUAACUAUAUCCGGAAUGGAUGUACAUUUAAGAGUUGAAUUGACGAAGAACUGACGCCUCAACGUGUGGAUGAAAGAAACAAAGAUGGCGGCGGCUGGGGUUCACUCUCCCAAAGGCAAAGGCGGUAAUCCGAGAUCUGGCGGGGGUUGCCAUGGCAGCACCCCCUUCACAUUGCCAUAUAAGGUCAUGGGAAGUGCACGCACAAUAACCUGGCUGUUGACUGGAAAAUUACACUGCGUGCCAAAUGUUGCUAGAGGCCAUAGUAACAGUCUUUUUUUUUUUUUUUUUUUAGUAAAAGACAAAUGUUUUGCUGUUUAGGUGUGUCUUGUUGUGUGGCACACUGAGCUCACUUUUAUAAGCGAGUGUCAAGGCCUGUUUUUCUUGCUAGUCGUGUUUAUUUUCGGCCGCCCGGGGCGAGCAUUCCUCGAUUAGAAAGUCACGAUGCUGUCAUUCCACUUAGCUUGGAACACCCUUCCCCCACAGCUUCAUCUGUCAUGGACACACAACUACGAAGAAGCGUGUGUAACCAAGCCUACAGUCGCCGCUAUUGAAGAACCCUGUACAGACUGAUGGUACUGUAUUCAUUUUUUUCAUCUAUUUCGUUCUCUUUGUGCAUGUAUAUAUUUUUUAUUAAACAUACUAGUUGUAACGGCUUCAUGCGGCUUCAUGUGUGGAAACUGUUGCUGAAUAUCAAAUGUCACUUUUACCUAACAGCCUACUUACUGUAAAUAGACUUUGAUGAGAAUUCAUUUAUGUUGCCACUUAUCUGCACAUGAAUUUAAUUAGUGCCUCAGCAUAAACGCCAUUACUUGACUCUGAAUCCUGUCUCCCCCCCCCCAAAAAAAUAUGAUAAAAACAUUGCUGGUCUUUUGUGUUCCCUUAAAGCGACAGCUUGCCAAAAUAACUGAGCACAACUACCAAAAAAAACCUCUCAAAAAUCCUUUAUUUACUUUAAAAUCAUUACGAGUGCAGGGGUUUCCAAACUUUUCCCAGCCAGGGCCACAUACAGUAAAACCAACGUAUCCUGGGCCACUUUGAUAUUUUACAUUUUGUAAACCAACCCAUGUAGCGAUGCUAUAAAAAACAGCCUGCAUCUCAGCUUUGUCUUCUAGGUGACAGUGUAUUAUUACUUUUUCUCCACUGGCCAUUUUUGCCGUUUUGCAUUUUAUUCCCAUACUAUUUUGAAUUUAUUCCUGUAAUGUCACAGCUUUUUCCCCCCAAAAUUGCAACUUAAUUCUUUUUGUUACUAAUAUUGAAAAAAUUAUGAAAAUUGCAUUUUCCCCCUAAUACUAUUAUGACAUUAUGCUCAUAAUUAUUUUUGUCGUAAUGUUAAACCUUUUUUAUAUUACGACUUUAUUCUAAUAUUUUUACUUUAUUCUUGUAAAAUUGCUGGUCUUUUUCCAUUUUUCUUGGUUUUGUUAAUUUUUUUGUUUGAUUGUAUUUUUUUAUAUGAGCUGAGGCCAGGCCGCAAAUGGCCCCCAGGGUACAUUUUGGACACCCCUGUGCUUGUGUAAGCCUAAAAGGACUCCAUUUGUAAAAUCACAAUGUCCAGAUGCAGACACGUUAUUUAAGCCUCAUUAUCUUCUCUGUCAAGUAGAGAUCAGUGAUGGGGGUAAGCAUGUUUAUCUACAUGUGUAUAUGUGUGUAUGUAUAUAUAUAUAUAUAUAUAUAUAUAUAUAUAUAUAAUACACCACUAAUCAUCGCAGGUUUGCAUACAAUGCUAGACUUCAAUGUAAUCACAAAUACUAAUGAGCCAAUUUAUGAUCUACAAAGUUGGUUGUAUUUAUACUAAACAGUCAAAUCAAAUUAAUGUCCUUUGAAGUCUAAUGAUACACACACACACACACAGUCAUGGAAAAAAUGAUGAGACCACCCAUGUUUCUUCAGUUUCUUGUUAAUUUUAAUGGACAAAUAACAAUGACAACAAAAAUAGGUCAUAAGAGUGCAAUUUUUUUGGCAGUACAAUGCUAUAACCAUUCAUGUAAGAACUGAAGUGAUUUUGGUUAUUAUCAAGAAAACCAUGGAAGUUGCUAGAUAUCAGCCCUUAAAUUUAACUCUUAGGAGCCAUAUUUGUUUAAAUGUGCCUUUAGUUGUACCAGGCAUUAAAAUGGAUCAAUAAACCGAAGAAACAAGGGUGGUCUUUAAUGUUUUUUUCCAUGACUGUAUAUGUAUGUGUAUAUGUGUGUGUGUAUAUAUAUAUAUAUAUAUAUAUAUAUGUGUGUGUUUAUAAAACAAGUUUCUAAAAAUUUUAACAUUGAUAACAGCAAGUUUUGGAUACCCUGCUAUAUUGUCCACAUUCGGGAGCUGGCAUUCAGCCUUAAAGUGUGAUUACCAGGACAAACGGAGGCAGUACUGCACAUUUAAGGUCCCACCCAUUAAAUGACACACAAAAUAAAGGAAGUGGGUGCAGCCGUUGGUGCUAUUCAUAACCAGAGAUGCUAAACGCGAGCAUACGGGGCAAGAAGAAAUGUGAAGGGUGUCAGGCUUUCAGUGUGACAGGAACAGGAAGUGGUGAACACAGAGAGAGGUAAAAAGAUGUGGGUAGUAUGUAAAUAAUCAUGGACCUCCCAAACUGAUCAGGCUUCCUAUACCAUGCACCUCAUUGAACUGUGGAGGGAGUAAAGUUUUGCUUGUUUGGAAGCAGGAUGACACAGAAAGAAUCAGGUAGUCAUACCUCCAAGCAAGGAGAGGAACUAAAAAUUGUCAUUGUGGGCGAUGGAGGCUGCGGGAAAACGUCUCUCCUGAUGGUGUAUGCUAAAGAUUAUUUUCCAGAGAAAUAUGCCCCGACAGUGUUUGAAAAAUACUCCACCUCUGUGGUUCUUAGAGGGAAAGAAGUAAAGCUCAACCUGUACGACACAGCAGGACAGGAGGAUUACGACAGGCUGCGGCCACUCUCCUACCAGGAAGCCCACCUGAUUUUGGUCUGCUUCGACGUGACCAACCCCACCAGUUUUGAUAAUGUCACCAUAAAGUGGAACCCAGAGGUGAAGCACUUCUGUCCCAACAUUCCAGUCAUCCUAAUAGGCUGCAAGACUGACCUCAGGAAGGACAAAGAGUCCAUCAGGAGGCUGAAGGCCAUAAAUCAAUCUCCAAUCACUUACACACAGGGCCUGGCCACCCAGCAGGGGAUGAAAGCCGAACUCUACCUCGAGUGCUCGGCCAAAUAUCAGGAGAACGUGGAAGACGUCUUCAGGGAGGCCGCCAAAAAGGCUUUGGCGUUCCAGCGCAAACACAUGAACUUUAAGAGGAAGAGGAAAUGUGCCAUUUUAUGACGUUAAGAGGGCCUCGCUGCCUGUCAGUCAAAGUGGCAGCACACCUCCUGUUGACUCAAGAUACAUGAAGGGUUUUCAUAUGCACUUUGCGAAAAAACGUAAAUAUUUAGUCAUUUUUCAUUCAUUGCCUUUUCUAUUUUUUUUAAAAAAAAAAACAAAGUGGAUUUUUUUUUUUGCUAUGAGCAGAUUUAUAUUAUACAAACAAGGCCAAAUAUUGAGUUAAUUUUUAUUUGGUGGAUGUCUAUUUUUUUUAACUCCUAAAAAUUACAAAAAAGUGGCCAAAUAGAAGUUUGAGAGAAAAAAAGUUGUAAUGAAUAUUUGCUACUUCAUUUUAAGACCUGAUUAAGAUCCCUUAAUUUAUCACACAAUUUUGAGGGGAAAAACUAUUUUGCAGCAAAGAGCAUUCUAUUGAAUUAUAAAAUUUGUACAUUAAAUAUGCUUGUAUUAAGAAACGGUAUGGCAAUUUUUUUCAGUUUUUCAAAAAUAAUUAAAAUAGAUUGUGACCCUUUAAGAUAAAAGAUAAUUUAACAAAUAAAAAUUCACUGAUUCAAAAUUUGGCCAGUGUAUGAAUCGAUUUUGGGUGAAACUAUUUGUGCUACUUCCUAUAGUUUUCCAGCGAAGAGGAGUGCAGUACAGUAGUAAUCUUGGGCAGCAGCGCCCACUAGUGUUAUAAACCUGAUUUAGCGCUAUGGUGUGCAGAGGCAUUUAAAUUCUAUUUACAGCCAUUGGGAAUUCUGUUGCAUUUAGUAGUAUACUUUACAUUUUUUAUGUAUGUAUAUUUACGUUUUUUUUUUUAAUAUUUACAUGAUUAAUUUUUAUUUUUAAUUAUAAAUAUCUGAAUUCCCUCACGACCAGUCCAGGGUGUACCCUGCCUGUUGCCCAAAGUCAGCUGGGAUAGGCUCCAGCAUACCCCCACGACCCUAAUGAGGAGAAGCGAUAUAGAAAAUGGAUGGAUGGAUGAAUUCCCUCAUCAGCAAGACAGUUAAAUUUCAGAAAUUAAACGUUUGCCUUUUAAGUUAAUACAAAUAUUUAAUUUGUGGCUUGGAAUCAUCCCAUUUUUCCCCUCCGUUCGUUCUACAUGACAGUGUUGAAGUACAGUACUGACGCCAACAAGUAGCAUUUCGAUCCUAAAACAUUUGUGCAACAUGACAUUACAUGAUAGGACAUGUCCCUUUCAACAAAUUCAAGUGUUUCUGCCUUUUAGGACUACUGUAUAAAAUACAACUAGACAUGAUGCUCAUCUCUUACCAUGAUAAAACUACAUGUGCAUGUGACUAAUGGUGAACAUUUGAGGACGGUCCCUGCCUGAGCCCUGUGCAUUCUACGGAGGAGUACUUCUAAUAGAGUCAGACCUAGACACUUGUGAAACAGACACAUGACAUGGGAACUACUUCACAGAAGUAUGAAGCUGCAUGACAAGACUUUCAGGUGGUCAAAGGCAAAGACCUGCUGAUGUACAGUUGACUUGACACCCUCUUUGCGUUGCAUAUAAUUGUAAUAGCACAUUGACGCACUAAAAGUCCUUCCAUUUUGUUUUCAUACAGGAUCCAGCAGCAAAGUGGACAUCUGAGGGACGACAGCAACAGCAUGGACAAAAACCAUUGCACAGUCGGCCGGAUGCUGCUACCAACACCUGAGAGAAGAGAACUGCACUUUCUCCAGAGUCAUCGAUGGAUGUGCAAGAUUGGUCCUUGUCCUCCAAAAAAACCCCAAAUCUGAUCAAGUCUUUCAGUCACUUUUUGUCACAUUUUCCUGGUUCUUCUGUACUUUUUGGUGGACCACCUUUAACGUUGUGAGGAAGUUUCCCAGGAACAGGACGAGAAAGGUCAGUGCCAGCAUAAAUACCUGCAAGACAAGAACAGCAGAGCGUUCCUGUGAUAUAGAGGGUCUUGGACUAACAUUUUUGUAUCAGAUUACUAAAAUAUAAAUCCAGUCAUAUUGAGUAUCACAUCUGCCAGAGGAUCACUGAUUAGCAUUUUUGCAGUUGGUUCCUUUUUUGCAAUUUUUUUCCAAGCUCCUUUUGCAGCAGGUUCGUAAAAACAGCAGAGUGCUGCUACUGUUGUAUGGAGGAUCUUUAACAUUUUUGCAGUAGAUCCUUAAAAUAGGCAGAUUGCUCCUGUUACAGUAUAUUGAGGAACAUUGCUUAAUGUUUUUACAGCAGGUUCCUAAAAAUAGCAUCACACUCAUCAUAAAAGCUCUUUAACUGGUAUUUUUGCAAUAGGUCCUUCAAAACAGCAGAGGGCUUCACUGUAUAAAGGAUCUGACAAGCAUUGUAUGUAAAUCGAUACUUACCUGCCACUCCUUGCAGUCCUCAUGUCCCGCCAAGCGAAACAGGGUUACCGAAUUAUACAGCUGCCAAAACUGAAAGAAAAAGGUGUCACUUUGAAUUAGGUUGGUGGUUUAUUUUCCGUAAGUAGAUACAGUGUUGACUUACAUGGCCAAAAAAGAGGAAUGGCAAAAGAAACGUAAGGCCUCUCCACAUCCAGGACUGGAAUCCCUCUGCAAGGAAUCAUUAGUGUUGAUGUAGUGUCUGGAACCUUUUACACUACUUUUUUUGUUGUUGUUUUCCUUCCCAACUUUGACCACUCACCCACUGUGAGGUCCAGCUGAUUUCUCUCCCCUAAAGCUCGCAGCCUGUACAGGCAGCCACUUUGAUAGUAAUACUGGAGGAACUGGACAAAACCUGGAGACAUUAGAAAGUCCACAUCUGAACAAACCCCACUUAACGACUCCGUACGCCUCCAUGCAUCAAAUAUGAGCAAGGCACUUUGUGUGCUGGCAUGCUUGAUUUUCAACACAAAGUUUUGCUGUUAUGUAAAGCAAGUUCUUGCCUCGAGUGAUGGAGGACAUGACCUGCUCUAACCCCUGCUUGGUGUGUUAACUUGUCACACUAAGAGCUGACUGAAGUACAGUAUCACACGAAAGUACAACGCUCACACUUCAGCAACCAUUUGUACUACAGGAUAUCUUCUCAAGGGACAAUACUUUUGAACUGAAACGCGGAUAUACUUUAGAAUAGUCAGUGUACAGCUUGUAUAAAAGUAUAAAUGUACUUUCUACGGAAAAUGACUCAACACAUGACCAUUUUUGCCUAAAUACCUGGCAACACAAGCGAGUAGCAAGAUCAUUGUGUAUUGCCUACAGUCAGGCACGCCGGUGGUAGCGUCACUGUCUGCUGCCGGCACUGGGAGAGCUGCAGGUCAUUGAGGGGAAACGGGAAUUCCAACACAAGUGAAUACCAACAUAAUUGUGUCUUGACUACAGGUAAGCGUGGUGGUAACAUCAUAGUCAGGGACUGCAUGAGUGCUGCAGAACAUGAAUUCCAACAUGGCAACAGGCAAUGGCGGUCACACUAAAUACAGGUGUAAAGUGAGGUGUACUCACUUGUGUUGUCAGCUGUUUAGACAAUAAUGGUUGUGUUGUGAUUUCUACUGCUACUCUAACGUAUAUCAAGUUUACUUUUAAUAGUAUUGUCCCGUGAGAGGAUAUAACAAAAAAAAUCAACUUGUGACUUACUCUGAUAGAUGGAGAAGGCAAGAAACUGACUUCGGAACAUCUGAUACAUGGGUCCCUCUGGCCUGCAAGAAUGAUUCAAUUAAAAAUCAUGCAAGGAGCAUAGAAGAUCUUAAAAUUUGCAGUCGGUUCUAAUAAUACUGCAGUGGAAUCUCUUACGAUGGAAAACAUCCAGGACAGACAUUUGGAUUUAUUUUCCCUACAGGAAAUAAUGCAAACAGAAUUACAGUCGUUCCUCGCUAUAUCGCGGUUUGAAUAUCGCUCCCUCAUUAUAUCGCAUUUUUUCAAUUAAAAAAAAAUUUAUUAUAUUAUAUUAUAUUUGAAAUAUAUAUUUUAUUUAGAGAUAGGUGUGGCAAAAAUUUAUCUUGAAUUCAGAAUUUGUGACUUUUUUUAGCUCUGGCGAUUCCACUGUAUUGAUAACACACUCACCAGGUGAGCAUCACACCGGACAGGAAGGUGGACACAUAAUGGUGAGAGACCCACCACCCUUUAAUCCUGAAACAAACACAGGACAAGUUACAAGUGGGUUACAUGUGGAUCCAGUGUAUAACGUUCUACUCACCUGGAGCCAUUGGUCAUGAGGAUGCUUUCCCUUAUGGUUAAUGUGCAAUAAUACCACACCAGCAAGAAGUUGAAGAUUUCAUCCGUCACGCUAAAUAACAACAUGAAUAAGAAUGUUGUACACAUCUGAGACAGCGGAGGUGGUGGUGAUGUUGCCUCACCGACAGUUGAGGAAGAAGAGGCAGGUGAUGGCGCCAAACAUGAGGAUGAUGGUCAUGUACAGCUUGAACUUCUCAUACUCGUCCUUGUAGGCGAACCUGUGUGGAUCAUAAUAAACACGACAAGAAGAAGAGGAGGAUGAUGAUGAGGACAGAAAGUCAAGGAGAUGAAGGAAGUUCAUACUUGGCCUGGUUGCUGAGAAGGGUCACGUUCACGUUGCCCAGUACUAGGUUCAGGUACAGCCUGGAAGAUAGAAUAAAACUUUUUUUGCAAGUGCAAUUUCCUGUUUACUGCUGUUGUGAUAUACCACCCUUAAUUUUUAAACAAUGGUUAGGCUGUCUUCAGAGGAUGAUCUCAUUAUUUUUAGUAAGAAUACACACUUUUGAUUCAUUUAAAAAAAUAUAAAAUUAUUCCAGGCACAAGAAAUGUCAAAUAUAUAA